CAUGCGUCGCGCCGACGAAUAGGGCUUACGUAACGAAUCGCACGCGCCACAAACAAUGAAGUUCUUCGCGUGCUCGCGUUGUCUCGACGACGAGGCGGCGCAGAAGCCGAGCAAGAGUUGCCGACGCCAGCCGCUCCAGGAGAUCAACAAUCCGCUGGUGAUGACCAAGCGACCCAGUCCCACGGUUCUCCAGCCCAGUCCGCCGACUUCGCGCAAGAAAAAGGAGUACCCAUCGUUUAUGGCUGCUCUGGCUGCAUUGUCGCGCCGACCGAGGAAACGUUCGUCGUCGUCGACGCUGCCAUUGAAGAACGCGAGGAGCCGAGUGAUCGAGCCACCGGUGCGCCAAAUGGUAAGGCAGCGCCCGGCCUCGCGCACCCAACGGCUAAUUAAAUUGUACGAGGAUCGCGCCGAGGGCAAUUAUCGUAACGCCGAGUUUCUCAUCGAGCCGCCUGCCAGCUUCAGCGGAGACGAUAGUACCGAGAGCCACCAGAAUUUCAAGAACAAGCUCAACACCCUCGACUUCAAGAAGAUGAAUACCGUUGGCGUGGAGGCUGAUCCACCCUCGAUCUACCGCAAAAACAGCUACGAGGAAGCGCAACCGGUGCCGAUUUGCAAGUUCGCCAGGAAGACGCUGCUCGAGGAUUUUUUGAAGGAACGUGUGCGCAUCGAGCAAACGAUGAUUGACCUAUUGAAUGGCCGUGACCCGGGCUCGCUGGUCUUGAAGAAGAGUCGCAACGACGACAAGAGGGUGCGUUUCAAGGAAGCUCGCGUGGACGUAAGCUCCGAAGCCAAGGUCAACCUGACCGAAGAUGGCCGACUGGAGCAAGGGACCGAGAUCAAGCUUCAAGUGGACCCUUGUGCCGAAGUCGAGGAUUUCUACGUGGAGAGAAAGACGACGUACAUGAAAGACAAGAAAAUCGAAGACAAGGCGCUGGUAUUGAAGAUCGCCGCGAAGGACCAAGUCGACGCCGCAGCGCUGACCGAUGCGGACAACGCGAGAAACGAAUCGAGCUAUGAGAAUCAGAACGGCAGCUUGAAGAAAGAGUCACCGAGCCAGAGGGACGAGAGCGAGCAGAAACCCGUUUCACCCCCUAAUUCACCACCUCACUUGGACUACGCAACCGACAGCGAAUCGUCAAGCCGCCCGAGGAUGCCUUGCGGCUCGAAAAACCGGCGAAAUCGUCGCCACAGACAGCGCAAGAGACUGCCGCUGCCCUGCAUAAGCACUUGGCCGCGCGAUGACGAGCUCGCCGACGUUGCCGAGGAAGAAUCGCCACAUGAGAAUGCAGAGCAAGUGUCGCGAGCAAAAUCACUGGCGGAGACAAAAAUCGAUGGGGAUACGUUGACUAUCACGACGGAAAAGAUGUGUCCCGAGGAACUGCCGUACCUGGCGAACUUGUCGUCGGCGAGAAGUAGAAUGCUAAAAAGGCACAAUCGGCUCAAGAUCGAGAAGAAAACUAUGCAGACGGAUACGCAAAUUUACGAGGUGACGACGAUAAGGAACGCGAUGCCCCUGGAGGCACGACUCGAUCACAUCGUCGGAGUUGGCAUCGUAGAAGCUGGCCUAAACGGCAAGGAAGAUCUACCCAACGGCAAGCAGCUUCCUAACGUAACCGUGACAGAGCCAGCUGAGCUCGUGGAGCCGUUGCCUAAAGAUCUCUCGGAAAAAGUCGAGAAUUUGCCGGGUGCCAAAGAAUGCUGGACCGUGGCGAUUCCAGCGAAGCGGUUCGACUUCCUGGAAAUUCAGGAGGUCAGCGAGAGCGAGUCGGACUUCGAGACCACGACUGCACGGCCCCAAGCUAUCGUCUCGGAAGCCGAGUCGGACGCGGAGAGGGAAUCGAGCCUCGAUAGACUGAGAGACGCGAGCAGCGACGACGAGUCCAUGCCGUGCGAGGUUGAAAAGAAGCUGCGUCACUUCAUCGCGGGAUUGAAAUUGCCAAGCUCGGCGUGCGACGCCAACAAAGUGGCCGAGGGCCGCGACUCGUCGCGUCGGAAGAGAGCCAGCGCGCCGCUUGGCUCGCAGUUGAGUCAAGAGCAGAACAGGUGCCUCGACAUUAUCGAGGAGGAGGAGGUUGAGGCGCGAACCGAGGACGGAGGCAAACAGCAUAUCCGCGAUUUCAUUAACGAGGAGAUCGGCAAGUUCCAUCGACCGCGCCGAGACUUGCGCAGUGUGCUCCGAGAUAGAAGAUGUUCCGCCGAGUUGGACGACGUGCAAACUUGCGCGGACGCAGACGAGAUUGCCGGAGUUGACGAGACAAGGCUGACUCCCGCCGCGCAGUGCAGCGAGAUAUUGCGAAAAGGUGACGUUAACAAACAGGGCUGUGAUAAUGGUGUGGAGGACGUGACGUUAGAAGAAAUCAUUGUCGUGUCAGGCACAGCAGAAGCCAAACUGAAGGCGGCCAUGGAGGAAGUGGGAGAAGACAAAACGACCGUAGCGAGGGACAAAACUAAAACAGACAGUACGUUUUCUCAGAGCGAGAAUGUCGUAACUUUCAUGAAUCUUGUUCACAGUUUGACGGAAAGCGUGAUUAACGAUGUUAGAGACGAGAAAACUAACAAACGCGCAGCACUCGAAGAAGAGCACCAUGAUUUUGAAGGAAAGAAGAAGUUCACCGAAGAAAUUAGUGUCGUUCAAUCUAGUCGUGAUAUCAACGGCUUCGUUAAAAAAGAAAAACAUGAUAGACCCUCGGAGGACGGCAGUGCGGCUUCGGAAAAUGCUGGUACGUCUGAGGAGCUAGAGCCUUUUAAGGAAAAUCUCGAGCAAGAAAAUUCGAUAGAGGAGGAUACGACGCAGGUUAAAAAUAACGAAGCCAAUAACAAGAUAGAUUUAGAAGAAAUAGUUAUACACAGUCCAUUGCAGUAUGACUCAGACAGCGAAAAAGCGAGAAUAACCAACGAAAUUGCUAACAGCGAUGACGCAUGGGGUAUAAAUAACGAAGCUCAAAUUAUAGAUCAAACAAAAUUACGUAGCAGCGACACUAUUUGCAUCGACGAAUAUGCAGGGCUUAUCAACAGCUUAUCAAGGGAAUAUGAAAACAUAAAUAUAAUCCCAGUUUCUCAAAUCGCGCAAGGCUUGCCGUGUGAAAGUGAACCUGCCAGUCGAAAUGAUGGAAACGCUAAAGAAAUUUCUUAUUCCGCUAAUGUUGAGCACGAAGGAAAUACUGAUAAAACGGUCAAAGUAAUGCAACAUGAGCAGAACUCCAAUGCUAUCGAUGAAACGUCAAAUGUACAAAAUAUGAAUGCAAAUGUAAAUAUUAAUGAUAUCGUUGAGGAGGGCGAUAUACCUAUCAAUUUGGAAGCAGCAACUGAACGAAUAGUCCCAAUGUCAGCAGUAGAUGGGCUCAACAGCGAGGUGGAUGGAAUUUUUAAAUUCGAUAGCGUUUAUAAAAAUGGCACCGAAAAUUCACUGCCUCCAUGGUUAAAGAGACAUCAAGAAGGCACGAUACCUGCUCAAUUGCAAGAAAUAGCCAUUUUGAUAGCUGAAACGGAAAGUAAAAUAGGCAGUAAAAAUGACAAAGCUAUACGUUGCUCACAAAUAGAAAGUUUGAAAUGUAAUGGAAAAUUCGAUGAAUUGAAAUCUGCAGAGCAUUUAAUACCUAUGAAAAUAAUUGAUACCUAUAUUGCCAAUGGUCCAUGUAAUAAUAUAAGAAAAAUAGCUAAUGAGCAAGUAAAAAACGUGGAAGAAAGGACGAUUUCUAUUAAAGGGAAAAAUGAGACAAAAUCAGAAGUAAAUAAAAACUCGCUUGAAAUAAAUUCGGUACGUGUUAUUCCCGUGCAGGCAGAGAGGACACUGAAUAGUAACGGAGAUCAUAAGAAGCGAGAUUCUGAAGCAACAGAGAAGAAAGAAGGCGAGGAGCUUGUUGUACCUAUCCAAUUAAAUAGCAACAUAUAUAAAAGGCCGUACGGACCAGAAGUUGCCGAAGAAUUGAAUGAAAAAAUCAAAGAACGAAUAAGUCCUGUACAAUCAGAAGAUUGGAUCAUAAAUAUAGAACGUGAUAAGAUUCGAGAACGCGAACGAGGUAGAGAAGAAAGUCAGAGCAGAGAACGCCGUAUUCCCAUAAAGUUGGACAAUGGCUUGAGAGAAAACCAAGAGUUUUUCGUAAAAAAUGUAAUCCAAUGUGGUAUUCGUCAACAAUUAGAAGAACGUAUCGUGACGAUACCAAUCCAAGUUUCAUUAGGGCCGUCGAGAUUUCAAGACUCCACGGAUGCCGUGCAAAUGGACGGAUCGUUACUGCGAACGGAAAACACACACCGCGAGCAAAGCAUAUUUAUAAGUAGAUCACCUCCACCCCCACCUGUUCGAUGUCAGAGGCCGAUGAACGCUCCAAACUGCCACCCGUCGCACGAUUACAUUCACUUCGCCUUCGGUCGAUUCCAUCAUCGGGCGUUCGACGCCAUCAAACAAAGCAAUAACAGCGAAAUUGCCGACCUCGUAAAAGCUCUACUAAGCCUUCUGUCGAGCAACGCAAGCACGAAGCAAGACGUACAUAACCUACUUGGGCGUUACGACCUUGAGUCGCUGCCCCAAAACACUCGCUGCAUAAUCGACGAGUUUCUGGCGCCGUCUUUGCCUCGAGGCUUACGCAACGCUAAUAAAAUUGGCAGUGGGGCGAGUUUUGAAAUAGCGUCGUCGGCCGUCAGCCACCCGCAGCAGGAGGAAGGGGAAAGUCCACCACCACGACCGGCACUACCUCAGACGACGUUCUCGGGCGGUAGGCGAACGACGGCCGAGCUCCUGGAGCGGCGGCAUGAUGAUCAGUCCAGGGUCGUUGGAGGUGCGCCAGGCAACAAACAAGACCACGACGCCAAGACAAUAGCCAGCGACGAGCAUCUGUACUACGUGCCCCUCGGUCGUGCCAAUAAUAGCCGGCGUGACGCAGACUAUGCAGCGCCAGCUAAGUUCAGCGACUCGCUGAAGGACCUCUGCAUCAAAAAGAUUCUGUCGAUGCCCCGCGGCGAGGCGCUCAUCAGGCAGAUUGCCUCUGCUCGCUGCUUCGAGUCCGAUGUGAACGACAAGAUGGGCAAUCAGACGUCCAAAUGCUGGACCGGCGUGCCAACCAAGGACGACCCAAAGGUGCUCGUCUGCUUUUCGCCGGCUCAGCGCCAGUCGGAGAUCAAAACUUCGGCGGACAACCUGCUGGACUUGCACCGGAAAUUCAUCGAUCGGCACGGCUACCACCACGAGCAUUCGCACGCGGUCCUCCCGGCCAGAUACUUCGUGGACGUGGCUCCGAUGGACAGAGCGAGAGACGAGGACCGAGUGGAGAGCAGCCGGCUCCUGAGCAUCAUCAAAGAGAACCCUGUUUCUCAUCAGCGCCAGAGCGGCAUGGUGGACCGACUGCAGGCGAAGCGCUUGAGCGACUGGCUGAGUCUGGCGAGGCGACCGGGCGACGAUAACGCCGAGUGGGCGUCUGGUCCGAGCGCCGAUAGCCGGCCGCUGGCGCACUCGACACCGCCGCGCAACGCGACGCCCGACUCGCGCGGGAGUCCGAUUCCCUUCGGCAGCGCUGUUAUCGGCAAAUCCGCCGUGCGAGUCUCCAGUCCAGCGCCGAGGCCGUCGAGCGCGAUGACCGGCGCGAUGACCGGCGCGAGCUGCCAGCGCGAGCCCCGCCACGUCAACUCGGCGCUCAUCGUCGCGGACAGGCCGCGAGUGCCCGCGCCCGUCAAGAGGCACGUCGUUGUCGACAGCGACUGCAUAGACAGACGGAGCAUCUUCGACCGAGGACCGGACACGCCCAGGAGUGGCAGCGGGCUCGGGCGAAACCCGGACAGCCCCGAGCAGGCGGUUGCCAGCGAGGUCUUGGACAAUUUGGCGCAGCUGCAGGCUGGCACGAAGGAGCAGAUGGACAGGCACAAGAGGUACUCGCUGCCGCAGGAGUACUUCGACCGACAGCUCAAGUACAUCGAGCGCUUGGAGCAGCAGCUGAAGAGCGUGAUCGCCGCCGAGGAGGAGGAGAGAAGAGCGGCCGAGACGUUUCAAAAGGAGCUGGCGCUGCGGAAGAUGCUGCGUGGGAAGCCUCGAGCCUACACUGUCGCCGAGUGCAGCUUCCUCGACAAUCCGUCCGAGAGGGCUCGGCCGCAGCAAACUGGCCGUGAGGGCGCGCGCGAGCACCCGUCGAUGCAGCUUGCGAGCAACCAAGUCGACGCCGACGCCGACGCCGAAGAGUUCGAGGGCAUGGAGGACUCGCGCGAAACGACGAGCGAGGCGAUCGAGCGACGCGAGCCGCCUGCACUCGGCGCGACAGCCGACUCCGUGUUAGAGGACCUCGCUCGCCACGUAAGCGAGCCGAUGACGAGGAGACAGCAGCAGAGGCCGCUAUCGAUCGCCGCGAUUCCGACCAACGGCGAAGUGUUUCGCCGACAAAUGUACAACGAGUACGUGCACAGAGUCCACGAGCGCGAGGAACGUCGCCAGCACAAGCUCAUCAAGAUCAGCUCGCGCGCCGAUCUGCCCUCGAAGCACAGCGAGACUACGAACACGGUCGAGCAGGAGUUCAUCGAGAGGGCAAAGAGUCGACUGCACAAGCAGGGCAUCAAGCUGGACGACAGCGGCGAGACCGAAGGCGCUAGCGCUGGGAGUAGCGGCGGGGAGUCCGCCAGCGUCAAAUUCCUCGUCGACGGCCAGGAAGUGAAGGACGCGCGGAAUCUACCUAAACACCUACAGGAGUUCCUUAGGCUAUCUGACUGCGAAGACAAUGAGAAGGCCGGUGUCUGGUCGCCAGGAAGUGGAAGCAGCGAGUCCGCAAAGCCACCAAGACAGCCGAGUCCUGACCGUGGAAAGGACUCAAAGGAUGAUUCAAUCCCGCCAGUUUGGACCCCAUCGAGCGCUGGCCCGAGUCCCGUUCCCGAGAGAAAAGAAUUCCGUCCAGUUUCCUUCGAGAGUCCUAUUCUGAGCAGAAAGAAAAUCGUCCAGCAGCCGCAGCCGUCAGAAACAGACAACUCGGUAGCCCCACCGCCGCCGUGGCAGAAGGAGCAGGACAAAAAAGAGCCCACGCAAGUCCCGUCGCAGAGCACCAGCAUCCCAAGCUCGCGGAUCGUCAAUUCGUACUCGGCCCCAGCUCAGGGUCUGAAUGCGCUUGCGGGCGCGCCACGGCUGCCGAGAGCUCAAAACCCGACCAUUACUCUGCUGCAAAAAGCACGCGAGGGACAGCUGCCAAAGGGAGCGGCCUAUUUGGACGAGACUGAUCAUAUUCCACGCUGCAAAGCCGAGGAGAAGCCGCUUCUGAGUCCUGGAGAAGUCAUCUACACGUUGAAGAAGGAGUACGAAAGCGAGCCAGAAAGCGAAUAUGUACCGCCAAAGAAGAUGGCCGACCUCGGCCCCCGCAAAUACGAGGGUAUUGGCCCAACAACAAGGCAUGGAAUGCCGCUCGUUCUCAGAUCCGAAGUGAAAGAAGGCAAUCAGGAAAGGUGGUACAAGCAGAUGUAUAAUUCUCUGCACCGCGCUCCACGAAAGGACGACUACGUAACCAUCCGCUACAAGCCGCACCGAGGUACGAGAACUGGAUAUAGCGGCACUUCAAGUGGGUAUCUAAGCGAGCCUGAACCCGGCCGAAGUAGUUAUACCGAGAGAUCAGCAACGCUCGACGGCCGGCGACACAGACAACGCAGCAAGGAAAAUGACUUCUCUACUCUGCCCAGGCCAGCUGGACGUGUAGAUGGGCACUACUCGCCGGACACGUAUCAUAUGAACCCGGGAAGAAUAGAGAAUUACGAACCAGGAAACUGCUCGAUUCAAGAGAAGGAAACCAAAGAGCCGCCGUCUGAUCUCACUUGGGCGAAACGGAAGUGGUGGGACGAGGUCAUGGAGAUAUUUGACGGGUGGUUGGAUGAGAACGGAUGGAAUGAUCCACGCCAACAGCAGCAGCAGCAGCAGCAGCACCAGCAGCAGCAUCAGCAGCAGUUUCAUCAUCAAGAAGAGCAAGAGCUGCUCGCAAGUCCGGCAACGCAGCAAUUGAUGCAACGUACCCGAUCACUGCUGUCACACAACGUAAGGCAGCAUCAGCAUCAACAACGCGAUCGUUCGCUGCGCGGAUCCUCGCCCCUGAACCGGCUGUACUCAGAGCGUCGGGAGCUUGAGUUGCGUCAGCUAAAGUUACUCGAGAGCUUGUUGGAGCUGAAUCGCGACAGUCAGCAGGUGCAAGAGGCCGUUGGGAGGCCGCGCAGCGGUUCCACUGGUGGCCGCAUCAUCCGACCUCUCGACUGGCAUCAACCCAUCAUCUCAAGACAACCGCAGUCGAUACAACAGCAACCGCUGUCCUCGUCGGCUUCAUCCUCGUCCUCCGUCACCAACUCGUCUUCUAAUGGCACCAGCACUAAUCAUGUCGCGGUAGCGCCCUCCUCUUCUACCUCUUCGCCACGUCUGCCAUUCGAACAAUCAAACUCGCCAAAGUCGUAUAUGACUCACGCCCUUAAGGAGUCUGGCUACGAAAGUGACUCAACACUAGUCUUCCGUCGACGCGAGGACGUCAGUCCAUUAAGUCCUCUGGAGCAGAGGAUAGCCUACAAGACAGUUCAAAAAGGCGGUGACGUGCCUCUUCAUGGUCUGCGCAAACCUGCGCCCGAACGUCCCAAAGACGAUACGGAGAUCGAGUAUUUUCCGAUCUCGCCAACACUGACGAGGAUCCGAGUGCAUCGGAAGAGCAGUUGCAGUUCGGCCACCGCUUCGCCUGCGUCCUCGACCUCGUCGAUGAACGUCUCGCGUAUACCCGUCAGUUCUAUGGCGUCGAGACGCGCCCACUCGAGAGGCUCUAUCCAUAACCCCCCUGUCUCGUCGUCCUCGUCUUCGUCGUUGCGAAAAGCUGACGAUACCUGCACAGUCCCCUCGCCGCCAAAGAGAAAGUCCUCGCGCAACAAUCGAACUCUCAAGCUUUACUCGAACGUCCCGAACUUGCAGGAAACCGGUGGCCCGCGUCACGAGCAGUGCUUCGUCGAGGAGCACAUCUCCAACAUACGCCUGCUCAAAGAGAAGCUCAAUACAAAUUUGGAGAAGCAUCGACGCGACAGAGAAGAGUCGCAGAAACAAAGACUCGCGAGAACUUUAUCGGCCAGCCCGGUGCCAUUGCUCAGGGAGCCGAUUUCCGCUAGCUCAUUAGACUCCAAAAAGAGACGUUCGGAUCCUUGCUUAGCACGUGCUUCCGCCGAUUCCGUAGUCAAAGCACGACUUUCAGUUUCAGCUAGUCCGGUCGCGAGAUCCCCGAGAGUCCCCUCAUUGAGGAAAUCUGCGGAAAUAAAGUCAAGCAUUAAUAGAAGUUCCUCGAAAAUUUCGUUGAACAGCUCGUCGAAAGACUUAACAGUUUGUCAGCACGCAUCUCGUACGAAAAUUGCGAAUUCGCCGCUGAAAAAGGAAACUAAAGCACGUAGGACUAAAAAAGAGCAAGAAGAGUCUUGCAAGAGACUCAGCAGAUCAGCCGUCGAUCUCACGUCACCAGUGGAGGUUCGUCGAAUACUUCAGAAACAGAAGGAUAAGGAUAGACAUCCAAGAGCCGUUACAACAAGAAUAUUGCCCUCCGGAACUGUCAUUAAAAGCUCAUCUGCUCCGUACGUAUCCACCAUUAGCGGAAGCAGCUUGAGAUUGGACGAUAAGAGUCUGAAGGUUACUGUCGCUAUUUCGCAAAAAGGCCGAGAGAUUUUUCGAAAACCAACGUCUACUGGAAAAACUUUGAAACAAAGGAGUUCUGCUGCCGACAGUUCGAGUGAAGCUAAAAAAAGGAAGGUCAGGGACAAGUCACCGAUAGUUAAAAAAUCAAAUUCGAGACAGUCAUUGGUUAAUCGACAGAAGAUGUCAAAGUCCAUCGACAUUAAAAGCAAAAAGAAAGAAAGCUCUAGACACGCAAGUAAAACCAGUAGUCCUGAAAGAUUUCUGAGCGACAGAACGACGAAAUCAGAUGUAAGUAGUCCCGCUCUGACUAUCGAAAUGUUGAGGCAGCAUCAUGAAGCCACAAUGUCAGACUCGUUUUUCCAACACCUAUUUCUUCGAGACAUAAUGCUUACUUCGACUGAAACAAGUCCUCCUCGAAAGUCAUCGGUGCUCGAUCGUGCACGCAUGUUUCAGGAAAUCAAUUACAGCGAUAGCUACAAAUCGGAGCCGUCCUUGAAAUCCUUAAGCAUCUAUCUCGCUCACAAACGACCUGUUUCAAAUUCAAGAUUCAAAAAUUGGGAACGAGAGAGCAUGUCUUCUAGAAGCUCCAGUCCCUACGGUAUGCGAUCGUUUCUGUCAAGAUUCAAUAAAUACGACAGUCUUCUAAGAGUCGAUGAAUUCGGAUCAUCAAGUUCUUUGCGAGGCAGGAGUCCUGAUCUGAGCCGCGAGUGCCCAAAAGAGAGGAGCUUGAGUGAGCCACCACUGAAGACCUUACCAGAAAGUCCUGACUCAACUUGCCGUCGAUCGCCAUCGCCAUCUACAGUCAGAUCUCCAGCAAGUCACAAGAUUCAGAACCUACGUCAAGACCAUUUUGAUAGCGCUGGUGAAAAUUCUCUGAAGAAAUCCAGAGCUAAAAGCGCCAGUGAAAUGGACUCUAUUCGUGGUUGUAAACAAACUUUUGGUUCCAACACGUCGCUUACGCGAAGCGUAAACUCACUCAUGAACUUCCCUAUAGAUCGCGAAGAUUACCAGCAGUACAUUUUAGAACGUUUACAUUCGCGCCAGAAAUCGAAACGCUAUCGAGAUUUAUAUGACUUUUACACGAGCUUGGAAAGGUUGGGAAAGCUUGAGAAAACCACAUCAAGUGGUGAUCUCCGACCGAGAUUAAGAAAUGAAGAAGUUAUUGAUUACGAGCGAUGGAAGCAGUUGCGAGCUAAAGAAAAGGCAGUACAAGAGCUCAACAAUCUGUAUAAGAAAUUAAAGAUGGUUCAGAAAGAAAAAGAUUUUUUAUUCAUAGCUAGUGACGUUGAUCGAUACAGAUGGCGCGGUGAUUGUAACUUGAGAUGCAAGGAACGAUCCGUUCAAAACAUUAAAGAACAAUUUCGUAAGCUGCAGAAUGAAGAAAGUGAAUUGGAAGCGUCGAGGCAGCGUGAAAUAGCGGCCAAAAAAGAUACUUAUAAGCCUCUUUGGCGUGGAAAUUCCGUUGUGAACGUCGCGAGCACGUUGACUAGAAAAGCGGCUGAAAAGGCGGAAUUCGACAGGUCAUCGGUUCAGGUGUCACUUCAAAAAAGCCUUGGCGGCAGUAACAAGUUCUGGAGUAGCUUAUCCGUAGAACAGGUCACAGCUCUGAAGAAUCAAUUGAACGAUAUCUACGGAAGCGAUCUUCCACAGCCUAAAAAAUCCAAACCCAAAUGUCCUCAACCGCCAAAUGACGUUGCGCUACAGAAUGGUGUCCCUGAAACUGAAAAACCAAUACAAAGACAAUCGCCAAUUGCACAUCCAGAUAUGAAAAAAAACAUGCUAAUAUCAGACAGCGAGCAAUCAAGCUUGUCGAUAUCAGAUUACGAAAUAGUCGUGCCAAUGAAGAAGAGAGAUUUAUCGCCGGAAGGAUUGCACGUACGCUGUCACUCGAUGAUUACCCCUGAUCGUCGCUCGAGGCGCAGCGAUGAGACUGACGCGAUCAAGCGCAGUGGGUCCAUAAGUCGAGUGUCAAGUUUAGAAAGAUCGAAUUCUGAUCGCGCGCCAAGUUCGUCUCCGAUGAGCGAGGUUGAAAAGAAGCGAUUGUCCUUGACACUUGGCAAAGAAAUGUUGGAGAAAGUGAGUCAGAGGUUGAAGGCGUCCGUGAUCAAACCUCGAGAAACUCAUGGAGCUCUUGCAGCUGUCCUGGCUAAAAGCUCUUCCAACGUUUCUCCGAGGACUUGCUCUUCCAUUGAGACACCCACCAGCGACAAUCCCACCAAAUCCAAAACAGAUAGAGACUACGUUUUAGUACUCACGCCCACGGAAUGCGGUCCCGAGCAAAAAGAACGCGUAGAGAAAGUCAUGAAGAAAUGGUCCAAAAAGCCACCAGUCGCGACUGCUUCGAUCGCCGAAAGAGUCGAUCAGAUGGAUAGUGCAACCGAAAGCUCCGACACAUCCGUGAAAACAGUCGUGCAGCGUUCAAGCGACGGGGACGAUUUGCAAAGAAAAGUAGAAUUCUACGAGAAGAUCGAGAAGGACAGGGAAGUAGUAGUAGCCAGAUCUACGCCAAAACGUAGCUGCAAGCUCGCCUCUUCCCAAAGCUUUGCAGACCUAAAGGAUCUUUUUGGUGAAAGUGCCGCAACAAAGUACCGCACGAUUCCCCUGUUUUGUUCUCGCUCGAGCUCGCCGACCGCCAAAGCGGAACGGGCUUCCGGUUCGCCGGACGUGGUGGCGAACACGCGACGCGAGCGGGCGCGCAGCGCCAGUCCGUGCCGCGCUGCCUCGCCCGCCAUCAGCGAGUCGUCCAGUCUCGAGAGCCUGUGGCAGCGUUGCGGCUCGCCCGAUCCCGAGAAAUAUUGGCGCACCUAUCUCAAAUUAGUCAGAGACGGCACUGUCAAGCGUUUGCGCGCGAAAUUCGAAAGUUUAGAGGAGCUUUCGCAUGGCCGUCGUCGAUUGGCCUUAAUACCAAAGCGGUUUCAAAGUGAUCCAGAGUUGGCCAGAAAUUUGUUGAAAAAAGUCACAGAUACCACGAGAAAUUACAUCAAACCGCAAGAGAUAGCGGAUGUGGCUUGGCUGCGCAGAAAGUACGAACCACCGAGAGGCAGAAGGCGCCGGGGAGGGCUGUCACCGAUUCCGCGUAUGCCCUGGAAAUUGGAGGAUCUGACGAUGCCGCACAUCAACGUCAUCAGCAAAACGGCCAAAUUGAAGGAGUCUUCUAAUCGUAAGCCUUCGAGCUCUGUACCUUUACGAGAAGAAACGAAGGAGCUGAAGGCGAAGAGAGCCGUCAAUCGCGUUCGAGAGAUGUUCGAGCGCAGCCUGAGCCCCGAAUCCAAGACUUCUCUUCUAGGAGAGAUGUUUACAUCUGCUCCUAACGUACACGAGUUAAGAGACAUCGCGCCUUAUUUGGCAGGACGCUGGGUCGCUCAUCAAUACCCCAGCCGUUACGAUAAUUCUCGGUCGUUGUCCUCGCCACCAGAUCUCUCUCGUGACUCCGAAACUUCAUCGUUGAGGUCCAGAAGAUCUAUAACACCACCCAGCCGAAAGAAGAAGUUCUGCGGCUCCAGAGCGUCAUCCACAUCGCCGGUUCGCCCAAGAACACCGGUGUCAAUUCUAAAGCCACCGCAGCAGCAGGAGCCGAAGCAAGCUAAAAUCGAUGUGUUCGCUAAUCAACAGUUCGAUCCAAGUAAACAUAGGCCGAGGUUUAGAUACCAGCCGACACCGCCACCAUUGCCGCAGCCACCAUCGCCGAAAUCCAGAUACAAAGGUAUCAGAACAUGGUACCCGCCGAUGUCCACCCACCACAACACCAGACCAACUGUCGUCACCUUUAAGAAGUACAUGAAUGCACCGCCACCGCCACCGCCAAAAGCCCAACACUACAGAGGCGAACGCCAAGAAUCGCCGAGGCGCUACGUGGAGGGCGAGGUGACGAUACACUAUCGCUCGCCGGUGCGCACCGAGGCGAAGGAGCCGCUGAGCGAGGAGGAGCUAGCGCGGCGCAGUGCCGAGAACAUGCGACGGGUCUAUCAGGAGGAGCGCCGACGCAAGUAUCUGCAGGAGCUCCACGACAUCGACUCGCGCAGGCACACCGACAACUUCGUCCCAUCCCAGAAGUCGCCAAUCCCGCUGAAUCGUUACGACGACUUCCUCGACGACUUGAGCUACCGAAGUCGCUCGCAAGAGCAAACGCCAGAGCCGAGGCUGGUCGCGCGAGCACUGUACAACUUCAUCGGUCAGUCGCCGCGCGAACUGACCUUCCGCAGAGGCGAUCUCAUCUUCGUGCGUCGGCAGGUUGACAAGAACUGGUACGAGGGCGAGCACAAUGCCAUGGUCGGCCUAUUCCCCUUCAAUUACGUCGAGAUUGUUCCUCACGACGAGGUCAGGACCUUAGCGAGAAAGCCGUACGAGGGCCAGGCACGAGCGAAAUUCAAUUUCAUCGCGCAGACUAAUUUGGAACUGUCGCUGCCAAAGGGAGAGCUCGUGUUCUUGACCAGGAGGGUGGACGAAAAUUGGUACGAGGGGCGCAUCGGCAACAGAAAGGGCAUUUUCCCGGUUUCCUACGUGGAAGUGAUCUGCGAGCCUGGUCUUAGGCCAGAAACACCUGUCCAGAGCAAGCCCGUUGCCUCGCCGGCUGCACACAGCAUGCUAUCAAACGGAUCGGCCGGCGGAAAGCUGAGCAUGGGAGCCCAUCACUACUCGCCGUCGCUGCCAGUCAACAUCAACGCAACUCAGCCCCACUAUAACUCACUGCCAAAAGGAGGGAACAAGGUGAACAUGGCAGCGCUCAACGAAACGCUGCACAUCGACACCCACACCGAGCCCAUACCAUACCGAGCGCUGUACAACUACAAGCCGCAGAACGACGACGAGCUGGAGUUGCGCGAGGGCGACACGGUGUACGUGAUGGAGAAGUGCGACGACGGCUGGUACGUCGGCUCGUCGCAGCGCACCGGCUACUUCGGCACCUUCCCGGGCAACUACGUGGAGCGCUUGUGAGGCUUACUCC